AUGCAUGGCUAUCCCUGGCUGCCCAGCGCCAUGCGCAUGGGGCUUGCAAGGUGUAGGUGCAGCCUUCCAUCCGGAACAUCGACGACCCCAGAUGGGCUACAUGUCUUCGAGUCCUUCAUCUUGCCGUCCGAGCAUGAUGCACUAGCAACGUGCGUUUCGGACACCUUUGCCUCUGCCCGGAAGAAAUGCAGCAUAAUGCAGAGAGACAGGGAGAAGGCGCACAUUCCACAGCCUGCCAGCGUCAAAUCGCAUGCGCACAACCUCCCGAGCGAAGAAUACUAUGUCCCACUUCGGCUACAGCUUGGGCCCAACUCGGCAGAAUUGAGCAGCGCCUAUUUCCCGAAGUAUGGGGACGAAGGGCAUGAGCUUAUGUAUUUCUCCAAGGGCAGCUUGCAAUCCUUGCCGCCGUUUGCGCGAGAGUUUAUUCACACCAAAGUCGCAGCCCUCAAUCCUCUGGUUUCCGUGACAGGCAAGUGGCGGCUGACUCUGAAUCACUAUAGACCACAAGGAGCACCGUCACCCGCGGAAGGCCCAGCUAUACGACCCGGCUUUCCAUAUCACAAGGACCUGCCGGCAAAUGGGGACGUUACCAUGAUCCUGACCCUUUGCGCCAGAGGCGACUUGGAGCUUGUCCCAGAAGCAGAGCCAGACAGACCGCCCACCCUGGUUCAGCUGCAGCCGGGGUCCCUGAUUCUCUUAUCCGGCGAGGUAAAGUAUUACAGCAGGGCAAGAUUGAACAAUCGCUGGCAUGACCUGCAGGACAUCCACUUCUUCUUGGAUCGGGUGACCAAGCAUGGCGGCCUAGAGAUCAAAGCCGGCGACGCUGUGCGCUGCUGGCUAAAGGAAUCCAGAGGUGGAAGUCCUUCGCUUCUCAGCAAAGACUCAGAGAAAGUUGGAAGCACUGGAGCAGAUGCAAGCUUGGAGGCUGGCGAUGUCCGACUCAGCCAAGCACAGCGAGAAGCUGCAGAUGGCGAGGUUCCAGGCCGAUUGAACCAGUUGGCCAGUCAGGAAGGCAGAGUCUUGCUUGGCUGCUUGGCGGGCAGUUUCGGAGCCUUGGCUCCGAAGGACCUGCUUGCAAGCGCCAUGCACCCACAGUGGUCGGCCCUUUCCGACAUUCCGGAGCCCUCGAAGGCAGCCGACAUCUCCAUGGGCACUGGUACCCCUGAGGCGCAGCGUGCCCAUGCAUCUCAUGAUGCGCAGUCCUCCGCAGAACUGCCCAAACAAAAGCGGGCAUUCUGUGCAGAGCGUGCCUAUGCGGAGCAAGUCAUGCGCGAGCAUGUUGACUUGCGCGCAAAGGCGCCUUCCCGAGUUGAGCAGCAGCCCGUGAAGGACGUGUUUUUUACCCAUGCCCGCGUUAGUGAGCAGUUUAAAAACGGACUGAGUUUGGCCAAGCUGCUGGGCGAUUUCCGACGAGGGAGGGUCAACCCAGCAGUCGAUCCCAGGCUACAGCUGGAGGUGUGCAAACUCCGUGGCAAAAUGCGAUCAUUGAACAACCGACGCCUUUGGGUUCUGAAGGAGUUCCAGCGUGAACAAGACAGCCAAACAGGCUGCGAGGUGCGUGUUUCGACUAACGUGCACACGCUGUGCCGAGGCACAGCCAAAUUCAUUCAGAGCCAUUGUCGGCAUUCCACCAGAGAUCAAUCGGCAGUGCACCCAGAGGCAAGAGAGGCACGCGCAACGCUGCACGACAUAGCUACUGCCCAGACAGAGGCAGGCCUUGUCUGCGAUUGGGCCCUGAUGGAACUUGCAGAGAUUCAGCGCAGGGUGCCGGUCAGUGAGUUGACAUGUGCUGGAAUAGCUCCCGAACCGAAAGAAAAGCGUCGGCGGGUGAGCUCUAACAUGCUUCCAACGACGACUGGGACAAACCUGGACCGCGACAGCUCAGAAUUCAGUUGCUUCAAAGAUCUCGUAGAUGUAGUCAGGUUUGAAUCUAGGCUCCACGUCGUGGACCAGAACGUGUUCAACACCUUGCAAGACUUUCGCUUCGUAGAGACAGUGCUCGUGAUUCCCUUGUGUCCUUGGACAGCAAAGUUGGUUCUGGCAAACAGCAGCGUGAAUGAUGGAGCAAGCGUGGAAGUUCGGGGCGCCAUCGCACAAGAUGCUGGUUGGACACUCGAGCGCAUCGUGGGGUUGCUGCUUGAAAUGGCAAACCACGUGUGGCAGUCCCCACAAGCCCCGCGAAUUUUCCAGAUUCUGGCGGCUUCACGCUUGCUUGGCGAGCGAUGUGCCUUGAUAUCGGCCAUCCGGUCCCCUGAGCGGCCACCGGAGAUGUCGCAAAACGUUUGGCCUUUCCUGCAGCACUUGAUGAAGGUCCAACCAAGCAGCUUCGAGUCGGCGUUGCCUGCCUGCAGAUUCUUGUGCGAAAAGCCUCCUGAGUCUUUGGAAUUUUCCAAUGGGGUGCGGACGUCACAGCUCUUGGACCUGCUAUCCUCGGCAUCCACAGUCCUGAGCUCUGGCCGGGCUGAUGUCACUGAUGCGUCGUGGUAUUCCAUGCCUUUGGUCCCAUCUUCGACGGAGCUUCGGCAGCAGAAGAUGCGGAUCUUGCCCGACGGUCGACGGCGCAACGCGACAUCACGCGCCUUGCCAGUGGUACGGCAGAUCGGGAGCUACAAGUCCCUCGGAAACUACUUGGACACGUACUUCCGCCUUCUUCGGGAGGAUUGCACAGCAGCCAUCCGCGGCUCGCUGGCAGAUGUGCGCGACCAGGGCAAGGAUGCAGAGACGGCUCGGAGGGAUGGAAAUGCCUUCCGGGCCACGCUCAAGGGCUUCACUGUGGGGCACAGCGUCGAAGGUGUUGUGGACAGCCGGAUCAAGGCAGUCCUCCAAAUCGAGCCCUUGCUCACGCGUGCGCAGUGGAACUUUCGAGCCACCAAGUGCUUCAUGAAUGGGAAUUUGGUGGCUUGCAUCUGCGAUGAGGAUUUUGACAGUCCAAUCUGGAUGCUGGCUGCCCGUCGCGAGUUGGGAAGAUCAAACGGGACACUGGCCCUCGAUUUCUACGUGGAUGCAAGAGGUUCAUCACAGGCAUCCGUGGAAGCUAAACAGCUGGCACACUUGUGGGGUGCCAGAAGGCUGACCUUGAUUGCAUCUCCCACAUAUUUCCGAUCAUUCGAGCCGAUACUGCGAAGACUGCAGGCGACGGAGGUGGAGGGCUUGCCUUUUCUGGAGGAGCUUGUGCAUUGUGAGACCACAGAAAGGCGUCCAUCGAGCUUGUGUGCCGCGGAUUCUGUUGAUAGGAAGCUGGUGUUUUCUGCUCCGGAUUUACAGUCGGAGAGCUCUUACCAGGUUGUGGGUAUUUCCACUCCGACCGAGAUGCGCGCUGUGACGCUUUUACCCUCAGAGACGAGAAUCGCGUGUCCUUCCGGUAGGCAGCUCUUCGAUAUUCGCUGGAACGAGCUGACCAAGAAGUUUCGCAUUCGAAACCAAGCUGGUCACCAGAUUCUGGUAGUUUCACAUGGGCAACAUGGAGAGGGAACAGCUUGCCAUCCAGCCAAUUCCUUUGGCUGUGAAGAAAUCGACGAUGAAGCCGAGCCUGGCAUUGUGAAUGUGGUCCACGCUGGGAAUGACAUCCAUGUGCCAUUUUGCUGUGACGUUGUCAUCCAGACAGAGCCGUCCAAAGAACUUCGAUACCGGGUCCUGCCACUCCGCGGCACAGUUCAGCAGCUUUGUCUGGAACUGGAGGAUGCCAUCACGGCCGCACGUGAAGCGACCUCGACGCCGGGGACCACCUGGGACCAGAGUCAGCUGCGGGCGGCGCAUCAUGCCUUGCACUGCCGCGUGUCCCUGAUCCAAGGGCCGCCAGGUACAGGCAAGACAUUCAUUGGUUACAAGCUGCUGGAAAUGCUGAUGAAGAAGUCCAGGGUGCUCGUGCUGACGUACAAGAACCAUGCCCUGGACGAUUUUUUGCAACACUGCGUUGAGGGGCAAUACACCGAUCAGAUGGCCCGGAUCGGCCGCAACAGCACAGAUUCUGCAGAAUUGCAGGCGCAGCAGGACCCUGCCACAAAGGACUUGCGCACGCACCUAUUUCAGUCCAAGGUUGACGUGAACGGCAGGCAGAGGGAGUUGCUGGCAGCCUUGGAAAGGUUUCGUAACCGAGGCGUUCACACGGUUGACACUUUCCUCAGCAACGUCAACGGUCAACAGCUUCUUCAGCUUUGUCGAGGCUGCAGAAGACAAAGCACAAACAUCGAAUGGCUCCGGUGGAAGCUGGACGAGUACAGCAACUCCCUCAGCAACUGGGCCCACGAUCUUCCCCGGAUGCUUUGCUCUGAUGCCCAACUCGAUGAUAUGGACUUGGGCUCUCUCGAGACCUCCAACCUGCACGAAGAUUGUAGAUGGAUGCGCUCUGCACUCGCAGAGGUUCUGGACGAAUGGUAUCCAGACCAAGCCACCGUCACAGAAGCCGCUGAGACGCUGCUCCACGAUGCCGGACCAGCGCAUCCGGAGGAGCCAGAGCAAGUGAUGACCGCACAUGGCUACGAGAUUAUCGAGGUGCGGACCCCUGAAGAGUGGGCCAAGGUCGCGCCAGCCUUGGACAACAACUUGCGGGCAGAGCGGGCCGUGCAUCUGCGGGCAGAUGCCGUAAUCGACAAGGGCUGGGUCCUGCGUGAACUCAUGGAUCCAGCUAGUGGCAUGCCGGUGCAACUUACAUCAGCACAACUGCCUGUGAGCCUGUGCUUCGAAGCCGAUGACGAGGCAGAGAGGGAAAUGCAGGCAGAGAUUGAGGCUGAGCGUUCCAACAGCGCGGGUGACACGCGGGAGGGCCUAAGCAAGGACGAGUGGCAGUCCUUGGUGCCGCGAGAGCCAUCAUUCCAGCGUGGUCAGCCUCACAUACGACUCACGAGUCAUGCUGUCCUGCAGAGGGCCGUGGACGACAAGCAUCAUGGGAUCUCAGACGCCCCAAAUCUUUUCCGCCUUUCUGAAAUGAGCAGAGCUCACGUGGUGGUGCACCACAUUGCUCGUCAAGCUGCUGCCUGCUUGAAAGACCUCGAGAUCGCCCUGACGGCCUUGACACAAGCCUGCGAAGAAGAGGAGUCAACCGAUGUGGCUUUCAGCCAGAGCGCCCGUGCUCUGCAAGGCAAACGAGUUAUUGGAAUGACGAUCACCGGCGCCUCCAUCAAUUCUGCCAUCAUCUCGCAACUCAAACCAGAUGUGGUUCUGGUAGAGGAGGCUGCAGAAGUUCUGGAGCCACAAAUUCUGGCGGUCCUUGGCCCCUGGGUCAAGCACCUGAUCAUGAUCGGGGACCACAGGCAACUGCCACCCCCUGUGGAGACAUAUGCGCUGAGACAGAACAACUUGUUCGAUGUGAGCAUGAUGGAACGUCUUCUCUUCAAUGGAUUGCCAAAUGUCGAGCUUCAAGCACAAGGGCGUAUGCUCCCCAGCUUAUCCAAGCUCCUACGGCCCAUCUACCCCAAGCUGGGUGACAAUACCAGAGUCACGAGCAAGCUGGCUGCUCCAGCCUGCGUGGCCUCAGAAGUCUUUUUCUGGCACUGCCCACAUCCGGAAGAAGAUGGCGAGCGGAGUCACACGAACAGAAGUGAGUGCGACAGGGCUGUGCAGCUGGUUCGAUUCUUCAUCUCCCAGGGCUACAAACCGAAGCAGAUUACGGUGCUGGCUCCCUACCAGGGUCAGGUGGCAAUGAUCAGCCGCACGCUCAGGGACGAGAUUCCGAAGUUCCUGGCAGAGAUGGGGGAAAAGCAGCGGCUGGCGGCUUUUUCAGCUCGCAUCGAUCCGACACUUCUCAAGCGCGGGAACCGGGUGGAUAUCACUGCUGCCACAAUCCGUCAAGAGAGGGUCGUUCCCCUCGACGAUAAACCUGCACAACCAGGACGCUAUGUGGCAACCCCCAAGGGCGACCGCAGCACGUUGGCAAGCCAGGAGUUGUUGGAGGUGCAGUUGGAGCCAGAUGCUGUUCAACCAGACCAAAUGCCUGACGUCAGUUCGAUUGACAGGUACCAAGGAGCGGAGAACGACAUCGUCAUAGUGUCCUUGGUCAGAUCCAACAAGCAGAACAAGUUGGGGUUCCUGGGCACAGAUGAUGGCAAGAACCGCAUGUGUGUGGCGCAAUCUCGAUCGCGGUGCGGACUAUAUCUGAUUGGAAAUGAAGAAUGCCUUCGGAGUUCACCUCACUGGCGGGAACUCUUAGACCUGUUGCAAGAGCGCGGGUGUUUGGGGACCAAAUUCCCGCAGAGAUGCCCUCGACACCCUCAUGUGCAUAAGGAUGCCCUGGAGGCAGAGCACGUGUGCACAACGCAGUCGGCGGUGUGUGGGGUGCUUUGUGGUGCACAGUUCGGGUGUGGUAUUGCAACACACACGUGCAAGCGCCCAUGCCACCCAGAAGAGGACGGGAACAGUCACAGUGCCUCUAGGUGUGACCACUUGAGCAAGCUGGUAUUUGGAUGCUCGGAAACGCCGCAGCACGAGUUUCAGAUGCCGUGCUUUGAUCGCAACAAAUUCAUCCUGUGCCCUUACAAAGAACGGCUUUCCUGUCGUCGCUUUGCUUCGCACGAGCUCUGGCGCAAGUGCGGCCAGGCAAGGGAUGAUGUAUUGCGCUCUUGCAUGCGUAACUGCGAAGCCCAGCUCGGGUGUGGUCAUCAGUGUCCCAAGAAGUGCUCCGAGCCUUGCAUACAAGAAGCAGAGUGCCGAGAAAAAACGAAUUUUGACUGCCCGAGUUUUCCUGAGCAUCGCAAGAUGCGGCUCGCAUGCAACACACCCGCAGCAGAGAUUGCUGCCAGUUGCAGAGACCGGUGCAGUCGGAAGCUGCCGUGCAGACACUUCUGUCCCAAGCGCUGUGGCGAAGAAUGCGCAACGGAAUGCCAAAAGCCAUGUCAAACCAAACUUAGGUGCGGACAUCUGUGUCCCAAGAAGUGCUUCGAGCUUUGCAUACAAGAGGCAGAGUGCCGAGAAACGAAGGAUUUUGACUGCCCAAGUUUUCCUGGGCAUCGCAAGAUUCGGCUCGCUUGCAACACCGCCCGAGCAGAGAUAGCUGCCAGUUGCAAGGACCAGUGCAGUCGGCAGCUUCGGUGCGGACACUUCUGCCCCAGGCGCUGUGGCGAGGAGUGCGCAACCGAGUGCCAGGAGCCAUGUCAAACUCAACUUGGGUGCGGCCAUCUGUGUCCCAAGAAGUGCUUCGAGCUUUGCAUACAAGAGGCAGAGUGCCGAGAAACGAAGGAUUUUGACUGCCCAAGUUUUCCUGGGCAUCGCAAGAUUCGGCUCGCUUGCAACACCGCCCGAGCAGAGAUAGCUGCCAGUUGCAAGGACCAGUGCAGUCGGCAGCUUCGGUGCGGACACUUCUGCCCCAGGCGCUGUGGCGAGGAGUGCGCAACCGAGUGCCAGGAGCCAUGUCAAACUCAACUUGGGUGCGGCCAUCUGUGUCCCAAGAAGUGCUUCGAGCCUUGCAUACAAGAAGCAGAGUGCCGAGAAAAGAAGGACUUUGACUGCCCGAGUUUUCCCGAGAAGCACUGCAAGAUGCAGCUCCCGUGCAACUCCACUGUGGAGGAGGUAGCUGCCAGUUGCAGAGACCGGUGCAGUCGGAAGCUGCCGUGCGAACAUAGCUGCCCCAACUACUGUGGUGAGCCCUGCGCGACUACAUGCCAGAAGCGUUGCGGCGCGCAUCUUCUCUGUGGACACACAUGCUCACGCAGAUGCGGAGAGGAGUGCAAAUGCGAAGCAGUAUGCGAAUAUCAGCUGUCCUGCGGGCACUUGUGUCAGAAUGUAUGCAGUGAAUGUGAUGGCUCGCACGAUCCCUCCAGCUGCGUACAGAAAUGUCGCGAAAAGUUGCCGUGUGGGCAUCUCUGUGGACGGCAGUGUCGAGAACCCUGUGGACCUGUUUGCCUUGAUUGUGAUGCUGGGCUGAAGCUGAACGCGAAGCCGCCAACGAAGCCGCCAGCAAAGGCAAGGCCUGCAACGAAGCCGAUGCCACGGCCACCGACAGCCAACAACCAGGUGAGGCCCACAGCCAAGGCGAGACCACGGACGAAAUCCUUCCCCCCCAGAGCAGAGAGCAACGAUGACGUGAGCAUCCCCUCAGCCGCUUCGUCAGCAGAUUACUAUGAACAAUUGCAGCAAGAAAGGCAGCAGCGGCUGCUCAAGAUGCAGCAAGCCAGGGAAAAGGGAGAAGCGGAGCAUGGAAAGGGAAGUCGCGAUGCUGGUUCGGGCCACAGCGGCCAUGGAGAGGCCAGUGACAAAGGUGUGGGCAAAGGCAAGAAGGGACAGAAGACACGUCCAAUUGACGAUCGGCCAGAGCUCAAGCGCAAGCGACCCUCGUGA